AUGGCAGCUAAUGGUAUUGACAUUAAGAAAGUUGUCAUUCCUGCGGAUAAUACAAGUGACAUAGUGAGCUCAAGGGGGGCAGCCAGAGGACUUUUCUUGGCUCCCCAAAAACUGGGUGAGGUGGAUCUUAAAGCAGAGGUUAGGCCCAAGGUUGCAGGAGAAUUGACCGUAGAACAGCUAAUGCAGCUUGCUCAGCAGCUUGAAAAUGAGAUUGAAAGUCAAAAAGAAGAGUAUUAUAAAGUUGUAAGCCUUGGCCAAUCAGCUAUAUCAGAAACAUCAACUAUUGGUGAAUCUGCCAAAGAAAGUGAACAACAAGUUGCAGGAAUUACAAGUCGCUGGGAAGCUCUGAAUGCAAUGCUUAUUGAGAUCAGAACUCGCAUAACCUUCUUGACACAGAAGAAGAAAGUAACAACACAACUCAGUGACCUUGAAGUACAAUAUGAGGGCUUCCUGAGAUGGUGUGAAGAUGUCCGCACAGUAAGCGAGAAUGAGCCAAAUGCUGUCUCUCUUCAGAUUGAGCAGUGCCAGGUUAGUGCUGUCAAUGCAGCCAUGGAGAGUCAUGAAUCAGAGAUUAGUGCUCUAAAGGUAGCAUGUGAAGCACUUGAUAGCAACUUUGCACAGGAAACACAACCAGUGAUGGAACAAGUUCAGAUUUUUAUUACUAAGUGGGAAGCUCUUAAAAUAAGUACAAUUAUGGCAUUGUGUUUUUCUCAGAAUACAAAGUUUUCAAAUGUUAAAGAAUAA